AUGAAGUCAAAAGGCUGCAAGAUAGCAAUCCACAUAUUUGCUUUAUUUGUGAGUAUCCUGGACUUCAUCAGUGACUGGCUCUUCUAUGAGAAUGCUCGGGCACUUGAACAAGGUCUAGUGUACGGACCUGUUGAACCCACUCAAGUUACAGCCAUCCUGGUGUUCUGCAUCAUCGGAACAGUGUUGUUCAUCGCUGAAAUUAUCGCGUUCGUCAUCGAGCUGCGUGACCUCCUCGGAGAAAAUGACGAUGGGGGUAAAGAUCUUUACCAAGAAAUACUGUCAGCUGUGAUAACAUGGUGUGAGGAUAUUCCUCAGCUGAUUAUCAGCGUGGUCAUACUUCUAUGCCGAGAGGAAGCAGUCAGUAUUUUCCAGUUGGUCAAAGCUGCUUUGUCUAUAGUGGGUAUUGUUGUGGAUAUAGUUCUCACUUUCAAACGGUACUGGAGACAACGCCAUUUCCAUCGUCCUUUCCGUAUUGUCAGGUCGAUUCUUGCUCCCGGGAUGUUGGUUCUGCUGGGUCUUUCGAUUGCUGUUUUUGUUCUGACACAAACUGAGGCAAAGGACAACGGUGGUGUUGCAUUUCGACAGCCGGCUUCUGUUAUCGACGACCACUUAAGCGAUAAUAAAUACUUUGAUGGUGUUAAUGUGUUCCUCCGAGAUUCUGGAUUGCCAGAGUCAAUGAAGGACGACAAGAAAAGCGAUAAAUGGAUGCGUCUCUUUUCAAUCUAUGAGUUGAAAGAUUCAAAUCAAAUGUCAGUAAAACUGACACAUAGUCAUUGCGGCUGUGGAGACUUUGACAUCGGAAUUUGGUUUAAAACUGCCAAAACAAACACAGAAGACUGGACUUUAUUUGGAUGUUAUAGUGUAGAAUCAGAAACAGAAAUUAUAAACCCGCAACCAAACUCUACUUGUUUGAAUAAUAUGGAUUCUGGGUCUAGCUAUGAUGUGGUUUAUAUUGACUUUCGUUUUGAGAAUCCAGGUACAAAUUGGUUUUAUAAAACAAUGAUAUUUGGGCAAAUCUACUUCAACUGUAAGAUUUACAUUAAUGGGACUUGUAGGAGUUGUCAUUUUGUCUCGUCUUCGACAGAAGAGCAGCAACAAGAUCUCCAAUUUCUCAGUUAUUUUCGUGUCAACAAUCCUAUUGCUGUAAAUAAUAACACAUAUUUUUAUAGCGGAAAUGGAAACGAAGCAAGGUAUUUCAAUAGUGGUCUUGGAGAUAUAACAAGUGUUGACGAAGUAUGGAAGACCGGUUGGAGCAAGUGUGCAAGUACUGGGGGAAUAUCCCCUGUUCUCGACUCACAAAUGAAAAUUGAAUGUAAUUAA